AUGAGCAAUCGCUUCUAUUUUGGCGGCUCUGACUCUGGCUCAGACGCCGAUGACAACGAUGCCUCGCUUCCCUUUCCCAAGCCAUUAGAGCGCACGGCCUUCCUAGCUCCAGACUUUGAUGCCGCCACCUUUCUGUCCAGUCUGUCAAACCGAUUUCAGACGCUUGAAGACCUACAGGCAGAGCUGCGCGAACUGAGCCAGACCCUCAACAAAGAGCUCGUUGAUCUUGUCAACGACAAUUAUCAGGAUUUUUUGUCGUUAGGAAGCACGUUGUAUGGCGGGGAAGAGAAGAUAGAAGACAUCCGACUGGGGUUGUUAGGGUUUGAAAGAGAUGUCAAAGCAGUCAGAGACAAAGUUGACACAAGGAGGAACGAGGUAGCUGAAUUGUUGAGACAGAAAAAGGCUCUGAGACAAGAGACGAGCGUCGGACAGGCGUUGCUCGAAAUUGCGGAACGUUUAGAUUUGCUGGAAGAAAAGCUCGAAAUCUCGACAUCCACAAAGAUCAAGAGCCAACCUCAAGACGGUGGCGGUGAGCAGUGGGGAGAUGAAUGGAUCGAAGAAGCGACUGCCAACGACGUUGAUGAGGAAUUCAACUCGGAUGGGGUCGAUGGAGUCCCUCCCAGAUUACAGCGAAGGACUGAAGAAUUCCUCAUUUUGAAAUACCUGGCAAGCAAACACAGUCCGCAGCACCCUUUUCUCUUGGCCCAAGAAGGACGAAUCCGCAAGAUUCAAGAGAUCCUACUGUCCGACCUAGAAAUGGCCAUCAAGCAGGAAACCGAAGUCAAGUACAAACAACAACUGAUGCAGAUACGUGGAGCAAUCGAAGAGUGA